AUGUUCGAUUUGUUAAAAGGUCGUGGACGCAGCGUUUUCGCCUCUCGCGAUGCGGUUAUUUACUUAUUCAAUAUAUUUCGAUUUCUUGGUCUCAACCCGCCGCCGCAAUGCCGUUUCCUGUAUUUCUUCUAUGGCAGUAUAAUAACGCUUUUCGCCGUCCUACUUUCACCGUUUAUCUUCAAUGUCGGCUGGAUACGUGAUAGACAUAUUUUGUCGAUAAUGGAGAUCCUGAAUUGUCUGCAAGCAGCGUUGAAUGUAAUUGGUGUGCCAAUUAAAAGCAUUACGCUGGCUUUGUCGCUGGGUCGCUUACGCAGUGCGGAACCUUUGCUGAUGAAGUUGGAUGCAAGAUACACCGACCCGGAGGAUGUAGCCAGAAUACGUGGUUGUGCGAUUACCGGUAAUCGUAUUGUAUUCGGCUACAUUAUAUCGUACAUGAUGUAUGAAACAUUGACUGUCGUAUCCGCCCUGAUGGGUGGCCAUGCGCCACUCACUUUGUGGAUACCAUAUGUGGAUUGGCACCGUUCGGCACGGGAGUAUUGGCUACAAGUUAGCUUCGAUGCAGCUAUGCUUUUCUUUUUACUAUUCCACCAAAUUCUUAACGACUCCUACCCAGCGGUGUAUAUUUACAUUAUACGAACUCAGGUUCAGCUACUAACAAACCGCGUAAGGCGUUUGGGAACUGGAGGUAGCAGCCGGGAUGAUGCGUAUCAUGAAUUACAGGAUUGUAUAAUUACACACCAGGAGAUAUUAAAUUUAGUCGGUGUGGUGGAACCAAUAAUAUCGGCUACAAUGUUUGUACAGUUCUUCAUCGCUGCAGCUAUUUUGGGCACUACCAUGAUAAAUAUAUUUAUUUUUGCUGAUUUCGCUACCAGGAUAGCCUCUGUCACCUAUCUAUUUUGUGUGUUACUACAGACCUCUCCCACUUGCUAUUACGCCACUCACUUGCAAUCGGAUUGCGAGCGUCUAUCAAUGUCUAUUUUCCACAGCAAUUGGCUAGCUCAGGGUAAACGCUUUAAUCAAAUGUUAAUCUACUUUCUGCAUCGCUCGCAAGCGGAUAUACCGUUCUUCGCUUUGAAAUUAGUGCCAAUCAAUUUGGCUACGAGUGUGUCGAUUGCUAAGUUUUCCUUCACUCUUUACACGUUCAUACAAAAAAUGGGAGUAGGAAAGAAUUUGAAGCAAUAAAUUUCGCUUUAUGGUGUUUUGAAUGUUAUUCGAAAAAUUGUUUGCAUUUAAUAAAAUUAAGAGGUAAAGCCACUUUAGGAUUCUGGAAAAGGAAAUUUUUUUCU